AUGGAGAAGAGUCGGCGGCAUGACUGUAUACCUGCUACAGGUCUUACUGCUCAAGCAGCCAGCGAGCUUAUCAGACGACAUCUCGCGUCGGAUGCUGAGCCUGCUCUCAAUCUAGCGGGCUACCACAAUACUUUCAUGGAGCGGGAGAUUGAAGACAUCAUGUUUGAACAUCUGCCGAAGAAUAUCACACAUCACGAGGCAUAUCCGGCAUCGAAUGAGAUUGAACGUGACUGUGUGACCAUGAUUGCGGAGCUGUUCAACUCACCUGUCGAUUGCAACGGGCUCACAGCUGUGGGCACUUCUACCGUCGGCUCCAGCGAGGCAAUCAUACUUGCUGUACUGGCAGCGAAGCGACGAUGGGAAGGCGAGUCUCGCCUUACUCAAAGAAAGUCGACAAACGCGCCGAAUAUGAUUGCGAGCUCAUUGGCCCACGUGUGUUGGCAGAAAGCAGCUCUGUACCUGGGGAUCGAGCUACGAUUCUGUGGAAUUUCUGAAAAUACUCUCGCGAUGGAGCCGCAUAGAGCAAUCGAGCUCGUAGAUGAGAACACCAUUUUAAUUGGUGCUGUCCUCGGUUCAUCAUUGACGGGCACAUAUGAUGACGUCCAGUGCUUGAACGACUUGCUGAUGGAGAAGAAUCACGCCACUGGUUUGGACAUCAUGAUCCAUGUUGACGCUGCUUCGGGAGGUUUUGUGGCGCCGUUUCUCGUUCCUGAGCUCGAAUGGGAUUUCAGACUUCCCCUCGUUAGCUCGAUCAACGUUUCUGGUCACAAAUGUAAGCUCCUCACUUAUGCUUCGGUCGGCUGGGCCUUGUGGCGAUCGAAAGAGCUUCUACCUCAAGAUCUACUUUUCACUGUCGACUACUGUGGUGCCUCUCACAUGGUGUCGUUUACGUUGAACUUUUCGAAGUCCGCAGUGAACGUCAUUGGCCAGUACUAUCAGCUGAUGAGACUCGGAAAAGCCGGCUAUGAGGCAACUAUGCGCCGUCUAGCAAAUACAGCAGAAAAAAUCGCGCAAGGCAUUGGAGCCAUCCAAGAUGGCGCUUGUUUCCGUGUCUUGAGCAAGAACGACAAGCGUGGCCUUCCAGUCGUUCUCUGGUGCUUGAAGAAAAGAAAUUGUCGUGAUGAGUACACGAUUGCUCGUCAGCUGCGAACCAAAGGUUGGAUCAUACCAGCGUACGAAGUGAACACUUCUACAACUUCUUUCACUGUCAUGCGGGUCAUUGUCCGUACUGACCUCACUGAAGAGCGCUGCACUUCAUUUCUUUCUGAUCUCAGCGAUGUCGUGCUAAGCUUGGAAGCAGAAAGCGUGGGAGAUAUGGAGGCUGCUAGACUAUAGACUGCUAGAUCGCAUGGGAAGCCUACAACCUCG